CACAAGACCCUUCCUUUUCCAGCUGAGGUGCUGACCUUGCCUCUAUCACUGACAGUAAGAGAAAAUCUGAAAAACAGAUUGAAAAUCUGACUUCCAAUCAAGAAUUCCUCUCCAGGACCACAGUUGGGGAUUUAUGCCUAUACUUAUGGCUACAGGAAACCGGACAGAAAUAAGUGAAUUUAUCCCCAUGAGCUUCUCUUCCCUGCCUACUGAAAUACAGUCAUUGCUCUUUCUGACAUUUCUAACCAUCUACCUGGUCACUCUGAUGGGAAAGAGCCUCAUUAUUCUGGUUACCCUAGCCGACCCCAUGCUACACAGCCCCAUGUACUUCUUCCUCAGACACUUAUCCUUCCUGGAGAUUGGCUUCAACCUAGUCAUUGUGGCCAAAAUGCUGGGGACCCUGCUUGCCCAGGACACAACCAUCUCCUUCCUUGGCUGUGCCACUCAGAUGUAUUUCUUUUUCUUCUUUGGGGUGGCUGAAUGCUUCGUCCUGGCUACCAUGGCAUAUGACCGCUAUGUGGACAUCUGAAGUCCCUUGCACUACCCAGUCAUCAUGAACCAAAGGACACGGGCCAAACUGGCUGCUGCUUCCUGGUUCCCAGGCUUUCCUGUAGCUACUGUACAGACCACGUGGCUCUUCAGCUUUCCAUUCUGUGGCACCAACAAGGUGAACCACUUCUUCUGUGACAGCCCACCUGUGCUGAAGCUGGUCUGUGUAGACACAGCACUGUUUGAGAUCUACACCAUCACUGGAACCAUUCUGGUGGUCAUGAUCCCCUGCUUGCUGAUCUUGUGUUCCUACACUCUCAUUGCUGCUGCCAUCCUCAAGAUCCCAUCAGCUAAAGGGAAGCAUAAAGCCUUCUCUAUGUGAUCCUCACAUCUCCUUGUUGUCUCUCUUUUCUAUAUAUCAUUAAACCUCACAUAUUUUCAGCCUAAAUCAAAUAAUUCUCCUGAAAGCAAAAAGCUGCUCUCAUUGUCCUACACUGUUGUGACUCCCAUGUUGAACCCCAUUAUCUACAGCCUGAGAAAUAACGAGGUGAAGAAUGCCUUCAGCAGGAUGGUCUGCAAGACCCUAGCCCUCAGAAACUGUAUCCCAUAGACCUUAGGAAGUAAGGCUAAAUUCUACUGAAUAACAAUUAGUUUCAUGUUUGGGACACCUCUCUGCCUCUCUUCACAUAUCUAUUGGAAUGAAACUCAGCUAUUGAAAUGGCUAUUGGAAAGCUUGGUGGAGAGAAGAGAGCCCAGUGUUGAUGUAAACCUGUCAUUAUCAUCUUCCAGAUUCCUUUACCUACCCAUCAUAGACUUAAUCUGUUUUUCUUAUUGGUGCAAUUGGCACUUUGACACUUCUGUGGCUAAACCAUUUGAGAUACUCACUUUGCUAAUGAGCACAAAUGUGAAUAUAUUGUGGACAAUAUGAAACUACUUGUAAUAUGACCUUGGGGACACACAAUGGUCAAGACAAUGAUAAUUAUCAAAUGUCAUCUUGGCCAUCAUCUUGGUUUGGACAAUUCUGACACCAUUCAGUAGAAAACCCUAUAACACUUCCAGUACAUAAUUCUUGCUCUUCCUUUCAUUUUGCAUGCUCCUAAGGAAGUGUUGGCUUUUAUGUUUGUGGAUAUUUAGCAUGGAUAGAGAAAAGAGGGUCACUAAUCCCCAUACAUGUUCCUUUAUAAGCCCAAUAGCCUUAAAAGACUCCUUCCUUAGGCUAUUCUUCCCAGGCAGAGUGAGCUGUUUCCAAUUGUCUCUUGCAGAUUCA